AGCAUGUUGUUUGUUACAGUGAAACGAGCUGUUACAGUGGGAACUGCUAGGAUCAUCACUCUGCAUGUUGCCUAUUCCACCCAACCUCCUCUCUUUUUCUAAUCUCUCUCCACCCACCCCUCCCUCCCUUCCUCCCUCUCCCCCUUCCUCCACCUCCCUCCCUCCCUCUUUUCAAGGAACUUUUUAUUUAAAAAAAAACAUAUUUGCAGACCAAGUGGGAAAUGAUAUAAAGGAGGACGAGGAUUUUUUUUGAUUUUAUUUUUUUGUUGCAACGAGAUGAUCCACAAAUGAAAAGGAGGAAAAUAUGGAACUGCACAUCUUAGAGCACAGGCUGAAGGUAGCGAGUAUAGCCAAGGACGACAUCCAGUUGUUUACUCACGGAUUAAUAAAACUUGCUUUCCUGCCUUCAAAGACGAGGUGCAAGUUCUUCAGUUUGACGGAGACUCCUGAAGACUACACCAUCAUCGUCGAUGAGGAGGGUUUUAAGGAACUGCCAGGGCCCGAGCAGCUGAGCGUGGCAGAUGAGAUGUGGCUAGCGUUGAAUGUGGUGUCUGGCGGUGGCAGCUUCUCCGGCUCACAGCCCAUCGGAGUCACCAAGAUCGCCAAGUCAGUGAUCGCACCCCUCGCCGACCACAACAUCUCUGUCUUCAUGCUCUCUACCUAUCAAACAGACUUCAUCCUGGUACGGGAAAGAGACCUGCCUCUGGUCAUGCACACCCUGUCAGCAGAGUUUACCAUCCUCAGGGUAGUGAAUGGGGAGACAGUGGCUGCUGAUCACCUAGGAAUCACCAAUGGAUUUGUGAAGCCAAAACUAGUUCAGAGGCCAGUUAUUCAUCCGCUCUCGAGUCCCAGCAACAAGUUCUGUGUAACCAGCUUGGAUCCCGACACCUUACCCACCGUAGCUACGCUUCUCAUGGACGUCAUGUUUUACUCCAACGGUGUGAAAGACUCAGCCAUAGGCAGCGAGGAAAGUGGUCACAUUCGGUUCUUUUCCUUCUCCCUCAUCGAACAGUACAUCUCGCUAGUAAUGGACGUGCAAACGCAACAGAGGUUUCCAAAUAAUCUACUAUUUACAAGUGCAUCUGGUGAACUUUGGAAGAUGGUUCGAAUAGGUGGGCAGCCCCUGGGAUUUGAUGAAUGUGGAAUCGUAGCUCAGAUUGCAGAGCCCCUGGCGGCGGCUGAUAUACCAGCAUACUACAUCAGUACGUUUAAGUUCGACCAUGCCCUGGUACCUGAAGAGAAUAUCAACAGCGUGAUUAACGCUCUCCAGGUCAGCCAGAACAAGAGACAUUAGGCGGGAAAGCCGAGACGCUGUUGUUCCUUCCUCGCACGGUAUUUGAAGCUGGGCCUAGAUUUGAAGAAGAAUCCUUCGGGUGUGUGUGUUGAAUGGCGGAGAGCUUGUUUCCCCCCCCGACGAACCGUUGGCUUACUGAUGUCGUCCCCAAAGUGAAUGCCCCCUUUGUGUUCUGUUUGUGGACCGUGUCACGUUGUGCUGGUGAAGUCAAACUACUUUCUACUGAUAUUUGCCACCUGCCUCCUCCCACCGCCUUCUGUGAAGCAGCCACGAUGAUUGACUCUCCUUCUGUGAAUCGCUCGGGAUAGUUUUAAGAUGCGUCACAUAGUUGAGUUUGUUUCAGUGGGGGGGUGGGGGGGGGGGUACAUUGAGGUGGCUAAUUAAGUCUGGGACAGGUAUGGACAGUCUAGGGACAGGUACGUAAUAGUACAAAGUGAAUUUACAGCAAAACUCUGCUUUGAAGUGUCGAACAGGUUGGGGGGGGGGGGGGGGGGUGGGGUGGGGGAACACUUAUUGACCACAACGAUGAGUACAAGAUUCCGACUGUCGGCUCCUUAUGCCUGUUUACCCGCUGAUUGAAAAUCAGCUUCAUUUGUGGUUCCUGGAGGGAGAGGCAGGUUGCAUUUUGCAGUGACCUUUGGCAAAGAGCUUCACCUGAUCUGUCCGUGGUGCUGACAAGGCAGUAAUCCAGUCCUGGAGCAAGAUCGCACGCACGGUGCCGUUAACGGCAAAGGUGGCGUUGGAAUCUUGCUCGGGGGUCUCGGGUCACUCACUACCUGGCGGUCGGUAGCGUGUUCCCCGUCACCCCCCCGCGGGAGGUUGUGCACGGUGGGCGGGUCUGCUGGCUCCCAGCGCCGUCCACGCGUUCCCCCACACGUCUGGUCAGUGCCAUUAAUGGAGGUCAAUGGACAGGUGUCGCCUCCGGCACUGAUCCCUCGCGCAACCACCGCACAAGCACCGACCGCACCUGCCCACCGCCACCUGUGUACUCCCAGCGUCGGGGGAACGGCAGACGGAUAGUCACCGUGGAAGGCUGAUGUCAGUAGAAUGUCCCGGAAGAGUGUUUCCUCCCCCCCCCCAAUUUAGAGGCGAGAGAGAUGGGUUUCCGCGAACAAGACCAAUGAACGCCCAGCUCCGCCAAGGCUCGUUUUGCUCCCCAUUCAAAUUCUGCCCAUUAUUAUCGACAAACCUGGACAAGCAAGUCGAGCGGAAAAUUCUUCUCAUCUUUCAAUGACGUUUUGAUCAAACUUUGGCCAGGCAUUCCUAAACUCGGAGAUCGGACUGCUGGGAUCUUAGGAAGGGAUCUUAUCCUUGAUGUUAACGUGUGGGGGGGCCAUAAGACUCCGACCCAAUCAUCAGGUUCCCAAUUAGGAAUUGCAGUCUAACCUGAUAUUUUAAAUGUUAUCCCGCUCCAUUAGGGAUGCCACGCCUCUGGAUUAACAUAGUUCAAGCCAAUACUGAUGUAGCAUCAAGAUAAAUGUACAAUGUUUCUCGUCUGAAGUUACAGUUCAUGAGGGGCAACAGAAUUAAUUGUGCACCACCCAUUGCAGAAUUCUGAAAAAGGGGGGAAAGACAAAUUGGUUGAAGGGAAUAUUUUAAAAAUGUAGAUAUAUAUACAGCAUUCCACUUUUAUUGCUGGUCACGUCUUUAGAAGUGGCGAGAACUAACAUUAGAUUUGGUUAAGGAAGAACUGUAGAUUCUG